AGGAGAAGCCGAGGAGGGAAGUCCGCCCUCUUGAAGACUAGGAAGAGAAGGAGGGAGGGAGAGAGUAAUCCCGGAACCGAAGCUUGCGAAGCGGGUCGCAGAGAGAGAUGGGGGUUGCAGAAUCACCUGGGGUCACUUAUUUCCGCUCUCACUCCAGAUGAAGGAGCCACUAGCCGGCGAGAGUUCACCGAGGGAACGUGACACUCAUAUCUCAUCGAGGGACCGUGUUGAGGGAGCCCCUACAGAGAGGCCAAAGGAGGAGAGGGCCUACGGAGAUAUGAACCCCUGUAAAAGCUGCUCUUUAGGGAUCGGUCUUUUUGUGACUCUAGCUUCACAGCUUGGUCUCUCCAUUACUCCAGGCUUCCUUUCAAUCAUACAUUGCCUCUCUCCAACACCACCAAUGGAUACUUCUUUUCUAAAAAUGUUUUUCUGUGGGUUGCUGCCGUGUCUGUGAGAAGCUGGACACAAACUCAUUCCUAAAAUAUGUGGAUGGAAGCUAUGGUAACCAUGGAGACAGGGCAGGUGGCAAGGAGAGGCAGAGACAGUGUGAGAGACCAACAGACAGAUAGGAAGAGAGAAGAUAAAAGGAAUGUUUCAGACAGAGAUCUUCAAGCAAGAUGGAAAAAAUAAGACGUCUAAGCAAGACUGAGAUUAAAGAGAUGCAAUGCGAGAGAGUGUAUUACAAGUAUGGACACCGGCUGUGGAUCCAAAAAGCCUUUCUACACCUUUCUUGCACAGUGUGCCAUGUGCCGUGUGUGGCAGGUCAGGUCUGGCGCACAGGAGCGCAUAAACACACCAAGUGCGGAGAAUGGGGAUCUGCUGAAUCUCAGCGAAGAAUCUGGAUGAUGGUCCCUGUCUGGGUCGCGGAGGAGUCCCCUAAGGAACACUUAGCUUCUCUCCUCCCGAGCCGGCGCUGUGCCCGGGGCGCUCCGGGAGGAGGGACCAGGAUCCGGCGCCGGGUCGCAGAUACUGACACCAAGGGAAUCCGGGUGCCCCCCCUCCACGCCAUGCGGGUGCCCAAGAACCUGGCUCCGCCACCUCGGCUGCCCCGUGGCCACGGCCCCAAUCCUGGCCAGGCGGAGAUUCUGCGGACAUUCAGGGAUCGGCUUCGUCACUGAGACCUCAGGCCUCUGCCAGCCACUCCCCCUCCCCAUACCCCUAGUCAUCCUCGGCAGGUCUCAGUCCCGGCUCCAGCUGUGCCCUCGCCCCAGCCGCAGCUAUGUUGCACACCGAGGGCCACGCUCUUCUUCGGGCGGUGGGUCAGGGUAAGCUACGCUUGGCCCGUUUGCUUCUGGAGGGAGGCGCCUACGUGAAUGAGGGUGAUGCGCAGGGGGAGACUGCGCUAAUGGCAGCCUGUCGGGCCCGCUACGACGACCCCCAGAACAAGGCACGCAUGGUACGCUACCUUCUGGAGCAAGGCGCGGACCCCAAUAUCGCAGACCGAUUAGGGCGCACGGCGCUCAUGCACGCUUGCGCCGGGGGUGGGGGCGCCGCGGUGGCCUCGCUGCUCCUUGCCCACGGCGCAGACCCCUCAGUCCGAGAUCACGCGGGCGCCUCGGCUCUUGUCCACGCCCUGGACCGCGGGGACCGCGAGACCCUUGCCACACUGCUGGACGCCUGCAAGGCCAAGGGCACGGAGGUCAUCAUCAUCACCACCGAUACCUCGCCCUCGGGCACCAAGAAGACCCGGCAGUAUCUCAAUUCUCCACCAUCCCCAGGGGUGGAGGACCCUGCUCCCGCCUCUCCUAGCCCGGGGGUCUGCACUUCGCCUUCGGAAAUCCAACUGCAGACCGCAGGAGGAGGAGGGCGUGGGAUGUUAUCCCCUCGCGCCCAGGAAGAAGAGGAGAAGCGGGACGUAUUUGAAUUCCCUCUUCCUAAGCCCCCCGAUGACCCAUCCCCUUCCGAGCCGCUCCCCAAACCACCACGCCAUCCCCCAAAACCACUCAAAAGGCUCAACUCCGAGCCCUGGGGCCUAGUGGCCCCUCCUCAACCAGUCCCACCCACCGAAGGGAGACCGGGGAUCGAGCGCUUGACUGCCGAAUUCAAUGGCCUGACCCUGACCGGUCGACCCCGUCUUUCCCGACGUCACAGCACCGAAGGCCCUGAGGACCCGCCCCCAUGGGCGGAGAAAGUGACUAGCGCGGGUCCUCUCUCUCGUCGAAACACAGCACCAGAAGCUCAGGAGUCUGGUCCCCCUUCAGGGCUGAGGCAGAAACUGAGCCGCAUGGAGCCAGUGGAGCUCGACACCCCUGGACACCUUUGCCCUGAUUCGCCUGAGUCCAGCCGCCUGUCCCUGGAGCGCCGCCGAUACAGCGCCUCCCCGUUGACCCUCCCUCCAGCCGGCUCGGCUCCCUCUCCGCGCCAGUCCCAGGAGAGUCUGCCAGGGGCAGUAUCUCCGCUAAGCGGACGGAGGCGGAGUCCGGGGCUGUUGGAGCGGAGGGGCUCGGGGACGUUGCUCCUGGACCACAUCUCGCAAACGCGGCCGGGUUUCCUACCCCCUCUCAACGUCAGUCCCCACCCUCCCAUCCCUGACAUUCGCCCACAACCCGGAGGUCGGGCGCCUUCGUUGCCUGCCCCUCCUUAUGCCGGGGCGCCAGGCUCUCCCAGGACCAAGCGCAAAUUGGUGAGACGCCACUCCAUGCAGACUGAGCAGAUCCGCCUGCUAGGGAGCUUCCAGAGUCUAGGUGGGCCUGGGGAGCCAGGGCGCUGAGAGGAGUGAGAGGAGCCAAGGAGGUUGGGGAUUAAGACCUUAAUGGGAUAGGUGGGAGAACCAGCUCACACACACACCACGAACAUAGGGAUCUCUUGCAUGUGCUCAUGGGUGCACAGUGCACCCACACAUGGUUAAACAUGUGUCCAUAAGCACAGUACUCUUAUUAGCAAGAAAGAAUAAGUACUUUUAUUAGCAAGAAAGAAUAAGUACUCUAUUUACUGGGUAUAUACACACAUGUAUUCAUGCCCUGGUCAUUUCACGUGCAUAUGGGAUUACUUGUGUACCUACAGGCACAGCACAUCAAUAAACACACAGGGCUAGGGUCCUAAACUCUCUUGCAUUUGUUCAGAAGCAGUAGGGAACCCUUACUUAUGGGCAGUCUCCGAUGUCUUUGCCCUCCUGCAGAAGCAAUCCCUUGCUUUCCCUGUAUGCCCUGCAACACAGCCUAUCAUGAUUUUGCACACUCUACUCUCUCCGUGAACAUCCCAGCCCAUUCUGCAGGUCUUGCUUCUUUCUCCAGGCCUGGCUCCUUAUUCACACCCUGCUUCCAACCCCAACCACUUUUCAGGAUAUCUUUUUCACUCUUCUUGGGGGUUCCUGCAGCAACCCCCAGCCUCAAUUCUGCUGCUGUCUUUACUGCUCUCAACUUCACUUCUCAACUUCCUGCUUUUUAUUCCCACCCUGUUCCUCCAACAACUACAACAGAUUGUCUCAUUUUCCCAGGGGGUGGGUCAUGGGCUCUAAGCUGCUCUUCUGUCUGUCUGAGCUUAUGAACACCCCCACAGGUAGAAGUGGGGAGAAACCCUAAAUCACUCCUCUCUCCACUUGACAUAUCAAAUAAAUGUGUUCAGAAGUC